CGUUAACACACCUUUCUGGUGGCUAUUUACCUUGUCAAUCUGAAAACUUCUAAAUAACAUGGAUGACGAUGACGCCGACUAUAUGCAGGGAAGCGAGGAUGAGGAUUAUGGCUUCGACUAUUCUGACGGAGACGAGGCGGACGAAACUGGUACUCCCGAUUUGGAGAACUUAUAUUACUCUGCGAAGGCAUUGAAAGGUGAAGAUCCGGAAGAGGCGCUCGCUGCAUUUAAGCGUAUUGUAACGACGGAGGAGUCAAAGAGUGACUGGGGAUUCAAGGCUCUAAAACAAGCCACAAAGCUGCUAUUUAAAGUCCUCCACCGACCUGAUGAGGCUCUUGAGACUUAUACGCAGCUUCUGUCAUAUACAAAAACUGCAGUCACUCGGAAUUAUGCAGAGAAAUCCAUCAACUCAAUAUUGGAUUAUGUUGGUACAGGCCAAGGGGACGAGAUCAACGUCAAUGUCCUCGAGAAGUUCUAUCAGGUUACUUUGGACGCCUUAAGUGAGGCAAGGAAUGAGCGACUUUCAGCGAAGACAAAUCUAAAGCUCGCAAAGCUUUGGCUCGACAGAAGGGAAUUCGGGCGUUUAGAAAAUGUUAUUCGUCAGUUACACCAAGAAACGGAAGAGUCUGAAGAUCAACAGUCUCGCGGAACGCAACUUCUUGAAAUAUAUGCACUUGAGAUCCAGAUGUACAACGAGACGAAAAACUACAAGAAAUUGAAGGAAAUCUAUAAUGCGACAAACGAAGUCCGCUCUGCCAUUCCUCAUCCACGUAUAAUGGGUGUCAUCAAGGAAUGUGGUGGUAAGAUGUGGAUGGGAGAACGCCAAUGGAGUCGUGCUAGUGAAGACUUCUUCCAAUCGUUCAAUAGCUAUAACGAUGCUGGCUCCCCUCAGCGCAUUCAAGUCUUGAAAUACCUUGUUCUGGCAAACAUGCUUACUGGUAGUGAGGUCAAUCCAUUCGAUACGCAAGAAACGAAGCCAUAUAAGGCAGACCCUCAGAUUAAAGCCAUGACAGACCUCGUCGACGCAUAUCAGCGACGAGAAGUUCAUACUGCCGAGAGGAUUCUCAAAGAGAAUCAGGCCACGAUCAUGGGCGACCCUUUCAUACAAUCGUACAUUGGGGAUUUGCUACGAAGUUUACGGACAUCCUACCUAAUUGACCUCAUCAAACCGUACAUGCGCCUCGAGCUUUCAUUCUUAGCAAGACAAUUGAAUGUGGAGACGGACGAGGUUGAGGAGAUGCUCAUGGAUCUCAUUCUCGAGGGUAAGGUUCAAGGCCGAAUUGACCAAGUUGGCAUGCGAUUAGAGUUGGAUAGGCAGCAAAAACUUGAGAAACGGCGUUAUACGGCGCUCGAAAAGUGGACCGAAGCAAUCGAAGGUGUACACGCAGCAAUCACACAAAAAGCGGGCAACAGGAAUGGAGAGAGCUCACUCAUGGGUGCACCAAGUAUUUUAGAGGCAUUGGGUUGAUUUUUCCGAGGAUGAAUAAUUGCAGUAAUUAAAAGAGUUGUUUGCAACGCAC